AUGAAGUCCUCCGUCUCGGUCCUCUACCCAAACGAGUCCGUCUCGCGCAACGUGACGACGUAUUCCGAGUCCCGCUCCACCGACCUGCCCGCGCACAUUAUCGCCUACCACGACCACAUUGACAAGACGCAGCCCGAGACGUCCAUGUUGAUGAUUAGCAAUUUCCAGGCGCAGAACCACAUUUGGAUUGCGAAGCUUAUUGGGGCCAAGAGAAUCCUCGAAAUCGGCGUCUACGUAGGCUACUCCGGCAUGGUCUGGUCCCACGCCGUAGGCCCAGAAGGCACCGUCACCGGCCUCGAAUUCAGCGCAGACUACGCAAAGCAAGCCGAGGAGGCCUGGGCCGCCAACGGCAUCAAGAACGCGUCCGUCGUUGUCGGCGACGCUCUGGAGACCCUACCAACCCUGAACCCCUCAGAACCCUACGACCUAAUCUUCAUCGACGCCCAAAAGUCAGGAUACCCAUCCUACCUAUCCACCAUCCUCGCCGCAUCGCAGAAAGACGGCAAGAACCGUCUCCUUCGUGCGGGCGGCCUCAUCGUCGCGGACAACGUCCUCCGCCGCGGUAUCGUCGCCGACGACUCGGACGAGAACCCGUGGGUGCAGCGCGAGAAGGGCGAACGCGCAGCGUACUGGAAAUCCGAGGACGUGGAUAAGCUGCGCGAGUUCAACAGCGCCGUGCAUGAUGAGCCGAGGCUGGAUUCUUGGUUGAUGCCGUUGUAUGAUGGUGUUCACCUUGCUAGGUUGGUUGAUUAG